AUGCUGCACGCUGGGCUGCUGCUCGCAGCAGCAACAGCAACAGCAGCAGCAGCAGCAACAGCAACAGCAACAGCAGCAGCAGGCAACGUACAGAUGAGAUCUUCAGCAGCAGCAGAAACCAUACCAGCUGGCAGCAAUCUGAGACCGCUGCUGCUGCUGCUGCUGCUGCUUGCCGCUCGGCUGCAGCAGCCUUUGGGGAUGCAGGAAGUAACAGCAGCAGCAACAGCAGCAGCAAAAGCAUCAUCAGCAGCAGCAGCAACAGCAGCAGCAAAAGCAUCAGCAGCAGCAACAGCAGCAAGAGGACGCUACGUGCAGAACCUCGUCCACCCUCCCAGAGUCGGGGUACUACAGCAGCAGCAGCAACAGCAACAGCAACAGCAGCAGCAGCAGCAGCGCACGAAGAAACAGGAACUGAAGGAACAGAAGCACCCGCAGCAGCAAAGUCGACGUCAACAGAAGCAGCAGCAGAAGCUGCAGCAGAAGCAGCAGCAGAAGCAGCAGCAACAGCACCCAGUGAAACAGGAGAUGGAAGGCACUGCGUCGCUGCCGCAGGAGAUGCAGCUGUUGCUGCUGCUGCUGCUGCUGAUGGCGCUGCAGAUCAUGCUCCGUCGGCGGCAGCAGCAACAACAGCAGCAGCAGCAGCAGAUGCUGCUGCUGCUGCUGCUGCUGACGAGCCACAACGAAGUGUGGGGAUCAGCUGCCUGA